AGGGACAGAGAAGGAUCGAGAGUGUGAGGAGUCCAGAAACUUUCCCCCACUCAGUUCUUGCCUCUGUUCUUCACCCCACCACACUAGAUUAUGAAAUCCUUGAAAUUUCUCCAAUUAAUCUUCGAUAUGGUAUCAAGAGCAGGUUAAUCCUGUGGAUUCCAUCCCAUUUCCACUGAUUUUGCUUGUGUUCCUGGCAUCAGGAGGCGCUAUUUGGGGGCAAGACGUGGUUGUGGAGGAGCUGUUCGUCUCCUCGAUUUAGCGGACAAAACUGACGGAGGUCCGCUUGGGGGUUCGGCGUGAGAGAGCCCUAAUAUCUGUGGUUUGGUGUGUGCUGAUUCGCUGCAGGACAGGCGUGGUUUAGCGGGCUGUGUUUGCUCUGUUUGUUUCUGUCAACAGUAGCAGCAGGUUGCCAUUUGCGUGGCUUCAAGCAACGGCAAACAACAACUAGUAGUGCUGAGUGGCUUGCAUAUGCAUGUGUGAAGGCCACACGUGAGGAUCUUGUGUCGUCCUCUCAAGCCAAUGCAAUGGGGGAAAAGUAAGAUAAUAGUAUUGAAAAGCUGUGUGAGAUUUUUAGCAAAAUAAUAGAGCAGCCCAAGGUGACUUCAGAAAUUUUCAAAUAUGCUCUAGAGCCUAAUCCUGUAAAGUUGUCAGGACCAGAAAAUUAUGUUAGCUGGGCUCGACAAGCCAAGUUAAUUCUAGGCUCUCAUGGCUAUGAAAAGUUGCUCAUUGCUACUGAUAGAGAAGAAGAUAAAGGGAAGAUAAAGGGAGUGGCACAGAUGCUAAACAGAUUAAUGAUAGAGUGCUCGUGUGGCUGUUGGGUAGUAUGGAAUCAGCAAUCCGUGAGCAAGUUGAAACUAUGGAAACAAGUCUGCUUUGGAAACACAAUUUUCAGGAAAAACUAAUAAGAUGCAAGCAACCCAGGUUAUGCAUGAAUUGCUGCACUUGAAGCAAGGUGCAAGGUCUGUGACUGAGUAUGCAUGUGAAUUAAAAAACUGUAUAGGGACUUGCAUUACUACCACCCUUUUGAACCACUUGACAAGAAAGAUAUGGUGAUUCAUUAUACUUGGUUUCAGUCAUUUGUUGGGAAGAUUUUUCUUGAUGGCCUCAAUGAAGAGUUUGAUCUUCGCCGUCAACUUAUUUUCUCUAAAGCAGAAUGGCCUGGGCUUGAUGAUAUUAUUUCUAGUGUCCUAGAGGAAGAAACAAGACUAGCACAAUCCAAAGCAAACAGCUCAAGAGAAAUUGGUGAUCGUGCAGCAUUAUCCAUGCAAAACAUGCGCUUUGUCCGAUCUCUGAAGGGUAAAGGCAAUGGAAAGUUAAAGUGUGAUCAUUGUGGUGAUGAAAGGCACACAAUUGAUAGGUGCUUUAAGUUACAUGGCUUUCCACCAGGGUGGAAAAAGGGAAAAUUUCAGCAAGGGGGAGCCCAAAGUGGUAAGUUGAAUAAAGCAAACAACACUACAUCUGAAGAUCAAUCCCAGGUAGUAGAUGUGCAAGCUCUUGAGGAGUUUAAAUCAAGCUCAAGAUCUCAGAAGGCUUGUCUCCCACCAAAGGUUCCUCCACAGCUGAUUCCAGUUUUCAUGCCAUAUCCCAAGGAGAUACGAACUGGGAGGAUUCUUGGGACUGGGACUGUGCAUAAUGGGCUCUAUUAUCUUGAUGAAGGAAGUGAUGAAGUUGCACUUGCAACAAAAAUAUCUCCAUGUCAAGAGUUGUUGCUACUUAAUCGCAGGCUUGGACAUCCUUCUUUUGCUACUAUGUCUUGUUGUUAUCCUUCUCUUUUUGGUUCUUGUCGAAAGGAAGCUCUUGUAUGUGAUGCUUGCGAGUUAGCUAAGCAUACGAGAGUCCCGUAUCCUAGUUUGAGUCGAAGGAGUAGUAAACCUUUUGAGAUUAUCCAUUAUGAUAUUUGGGGGCCUUGUGAAGUCAACUCUAUUUUGGGACAUAGAUGGUUUGUAAAUUUUAUUGAUGGUUUUAGUCGUUACACUUGGCUCUAUUUGCUAAAACAUAAAAGUGAUGUGUUCUCCGUUUUUAAAAAUCUGAUUGCCAUGGUUAAGAAUAAGUUUGGGGAAACAAUUAGAAUUUUACGUUCUGACAAUGGAACUGAGUACAUUAACCAGGAGUUUGGACACUUCUUAGCCUCAAAUGGCAUUGAACACCAAACUACAUGUGUUAGCACUUCAGAACAAAAUGGUGUUAAAAAUAGACAUUUGCUUGAAGUUUCACGCUCUUUGAUGUUUACUUUGAAUGUUCCUAAAUUUUUUGGGGGAAGCAGCAAAGACUGCAACAUAUUUAAUAAAUCGCAUGCCUCUUCGUGUUAUUGAUAAUAAAUCUCCUGCUGAAUUACUUUUGGGCUCAAAUGACUUUGUUGUCUCGCCCAAAGUUUUUGGAUGUUUGUGUUUUGUUCACGACUACAGAAAUAAUGUUGGCAAGCUUGAUCCUCGUGCUCUCAAGUGUGUUUUUGUUGGUUACUCGCCCCCUCAAAAGGGUUACAGAUGUUCGUGUCCAUAUGAUUUUUAGUAUGGAUGUAACUUUUCGGGAAUAUGAAUCUUAUUAUGGCCCAACUAUCGGAGAUCUCCGGCACCCGCAAAGAAGGAAAAAGACGAACUCCUAAUAGGAUUCCCCUAUAAUCCUACUAGGAUUCAUAUCGUGUAAUCCUAUUAGGACUCCUCUUCGUAACAGACUAGUAAUCCCGUCCCCUGAAGUAUAUAAAGGAGGGCUGGGGUUCCUAGAUCGGUAGGCUAAGAAUUUAUAGAACCACAACAGCGGAUCAAAUCCUCAACAUCAAACAACACCCAAGCGCAGGGUGCCAUAUACAACACCCCAAACAGGACGUAGGGUGUUACACUACUCUG